AUGGAAUUGCCACAUUUAUAUGUUUUGAUUUUACUUUUGAACGUGUUUGACUUUUCAUCAGGAAUAACAUAUAAUAAAGGUGAUACAGAGUCACACUUUGCUUGUGAUAGUAAAGGGAUUCCCCCAAAGGAUGAAAUUAUCAAAUUGUAUCUUUCCUCUGAUGACUUGAAAAUCGAGUGUUUUUUCCAAUCUGAAGUUGAGUUUACUACAAAGGAGUUUCUCAGUGUAUUCACAUCAGCAGGACUUGCUCCCAGCCUGGAAAUCAUAAAUAGUACAUACACAGGGAUCUUCCACUUUAAUUUAACUUUGUACAGUGAUCGGGUUUACUGGUUGAUUGAUAUUCCCAGAGAAAACAUUACAAAAAAUACAGAUAUUGCAACUGUAGAAGAAUGGUUAGUAAGAAUCACUUUACAAUAUGGAUUAAAUAUUUAUACCACUGAAGGAACACUACUGGAUACUGUUCGAGAACCUAUCCUUCACUGGAAACUUGGGACUAUGAUGAAUAAAAGAACAAUCCAGCGAUUAUAUCCACAUGUGGUAGAUCUCAAAACGACAAAGUGUCCCUGUGCCAAUGAUGUGGCAUUACUUGGCUUUGUUAUGAACACAACAUUUAAUGGUGUUUACAUAGGCCUCAGCUUUUCUGGAUUUUGGGAUUAUGAUGAUACCCAAUGGUACAACCUGACAGAUAUGAUCUAUUCCCAAGUUGGAGAAGAACACAAACAGCUCUCAGUGGUGGAUAUGGUUUUAACAAAUCAUUUUUUAGUUAUCCUUACCUCUUUGGGUCUUUUUAUAAGUGGAGAUCUUCGUUAUCCAUCAUCCUCUGUCUUAAUGCUUUCAAGGGCAGACUUUUGCGGUUUCGAAAGGGUUGACUACAUCAAAGGAAAACUGUGGUAUAAUGAAAGAUGUUUUGCUAACAGAGAACACUUUGAAGUUGAUUAUGUUACUAUCACCUUUGACAGAAACAGGACCUUAAGUGAGGCAAACUCCUGUUUUUACAGUAAAGAACCAUUUCUUGAAUGGUUACCUUGCUUACCCCCUGUUCCAAAAGGAACCAAAACUAUUCUUUCAACUGUGAUAACAGUUCUUGUUGACCAAGAGCAAAGUUCUGCAGUCUACCUCUUCCAUAACCAGGUAGGCCUUAAAAAAAAUACCAUUGUCUCUGUGAGGAUCCUAAAACACAACAAACCAGACUUAAUACAAAGAUUUCCAUUUUUCUCUUUUCCUUCAUCAUUCUCUUCUCCUGUUGGAAUGAUAUUCCACCCACGAAGCCAUUUUCUGUAUGCUUACGGUAAUCAGGUAUGGCUUUCAAUUGAUGGAGGCAACACCUUUGAUUUAAUAGCUGACUUUCAUGAUGAUAUCAUAAAGAAUACUUACCAUAGUUUUUAUACUUCAGAUAUUACUCUUGUUUCCCAAAGUGGAAAGGUUUACUUGACAAAAGCAGGGUUAGAAAAAUAUAGUUAUAUUGGAUCUAUUUCUGAUAAAAUUUUCACUUUAUACUAUGACCACAUGGGAUUCAUACAUAAACUGACUCCAGACCACUUUGAAGCUGGUGGAUCACUUGCUGCCUUUGGAAAUUCUAAAGGUAUUUUUGGACAGGCUUUUGACAUGGGCUUUGACACUGCCCUUGCUCCACAGUAUCUCACCUUAAAUGAAAUGAUAUUUUAUGCAUAUGUGCCCAAGAAUGAACCGAAGGAUAGAGUAUACACCAAGAGGUUCUAUGACAUUCACUUUGGAAAAUUGAUACACUCCAGGAAAACUGGAACAGCUUACAUAAGAAAGGUAUUUCAACAUAACACUCCUGAAGGAUUUUUGUCCUCAGUUAUUGCAGAACUGAUAGACCCUUUUGGAACAGAGGAAGUAAAUGAGAGCUCUUGUUUGUCUAGUUCCCUUUCCAUUAGUGAAGCUGGAAAUUACUCCUAUAAACUUAGUCUUCAAUUACAAAGUGUUAUCUCCUCAUUUCAAGAUUCGGAUAUAGAAAAGACUGUGGUGAUUCCCGGUUAUAGCAGCUUCCUGAUCACAACGAUUUUAGAUAAUGAGAAUGCUUUAGCUGUUGCUACCAUGCCUGAAAUAGUCCCCCAUAACAUGACCUUUCAAAAAGACUCCUGGUUCUUAUACAACUUUGGAAGAAGGAAUGGACAAACAUGGAACAUAUAUGCAAACCCAUGUAAUUACUGGUUUCAACAACAUGAUGAUUCACUAUCCCUCAGUGUCCUGAAAUACAUUGAUCUGGGGAAAUCUCACACUUUAAAAAUGAAGGUCAUACCUAAUACAAAAGUUCUUAGACUGCUUGAAAUACCACUACUGCAAGUAAUUGUUGGAAACCCAAAUUUGUUGGAAGUUAAAGUUGAAGGCUAUUUUGAUGAAAGUGAUAGUUAUAUAAUGGAAGUUUCUACAGCUAGCAAAACUUUACACCAAGGUUCAACUUCACUGGAGUUUAUUGUCUGGGGAGCAUCGACUGAGUGUUAUGUUACAACAUUCGUGCCAAUGUUGAAAAGCAGCUGUAGUUAUCUCAAGUCCAUGCAUCACAUUCCUAGUGAAAUUAUCCCCUUGGAAGACUGGAUGAGUGGAGUUUACAUGAACAGUCAGGGUUUUAAUAUGAUCAAAGUUUUGCCGAUAAACUACAGGCCUCCAUCUAACAUGGGAAUUGCUAUUCCCCUUACAGAUAAUUUUUAUCAUGCAGAUCCUAGCAAACCCAUACCGAGAAAUCUAUUUUACAAGUCGAAGAGAUCUGGUAAAUUCAAACAGUGUGCAAAUGCAACUACUCGGAAGGAGUGUAAUUGUACAAAUGAUCAGAAGUUUUCAUAUGCUGUUGCUUUCUCAGAUUGUCGAGAAAAGGUUCCUCGUUUUAAGUUUCCAGUUAUACAAUAUCCAAUUUCUUUGCAAGUUUACAGUGAAGAUGGAAAUUUCCCAGUGGAAACUCCAUACCUGGUUACUGUGACUGAAGUGAAUAACAGGGAAAACUGGAACCUAAGACACACUGUGCCAGAAAACGUUAAAAAAAUGAAGAACUACUUAGAAUCAAUUCUUUCUGCUCCAGUGUAUAAUCCUUUAGGCCUCAACUUAAGUAUAAAAGGCUCUGAGCUCUUUCACUUCAGAGUGUCUGUUGUUCCGGGGGUCUCUUUCUGUAACUUAGUUGAAGAAUUUCAGAUUUAUGUUGACGAAGUCCCUCUGCCAUUUCCAGGACACACACUUAUUGCUGUUGCAGCAGCUGUACUGCUGGGGGGAUUAAUUUUUAUAGCAUUUAUGUUCCAGAUACGUAACAUCCACCCAUGGGAUACAUUCAAAAAACUGAUUAGAAGAAACAAUGUGAACCCCACAAAUACCACUGCCAACUAG